AUGAUGCCCAUCUGGCAUUCUGGGCCACCUUCUCCGCCCGUCACGAGCGCGCAUGACUUCAACAUGUGGCGGGACUACUUGAACCUGUCAAAGGUUCUUGGCGAAAUCAUUGAGGAGCGCAGAAGGGAGAGCAAUGGCAGCAGCUGUCCUGGAAGUGGGCAGAACAGGGCAGCCACCCCUCAGACACCGGGCAGAUUCAUAUGCAACUUCUGCAGGCACAACGGGGAAUCCAAGAAGGUCUACUCCUCCCACUUGCUGAAGCAAGCCGAUGGCACCGUGCUGUGUCCCAUCCUGCGCAACUACAUCUGCCCGGUGUGCGGGGCUACGGGCGACCAGGCUCACACGCUGAAAUACUGCCCGCAAAAUCAAGUGAAGCAGUCCCUCUACUGCAAAGGCGGGCGCAACUCGGCUGGCUUCAUAGUGAGACGGUGA